UCGAGGCCCAGCCCCGUGCGCGAAGGUUCUGGCCCCGCGGAUGGGGCGGCGAGCUCCAGGGCCGACGCACCGAAGAAACCAGGUUGCUGGAGGCUUGGUGUGCAGAGGUGCCGCGACUGCGCCCUUUCCACGCGGCGCGGCCGGCACACCGCGGUGCGAGGCUGGAAAACGCCCUGGCGAGCCCAGGGGGGACGCCCCACGAGCCAGCCCGCCAUGGGCGGCCCCGUGCCGUCGACCAGAUGGGGAGGAGGAUGGGUGAGGAGGAGGAGGACGAGGAGGAGCGCAAGAAGAGGCUCGAGGAAGCACGGGCGCUGGCGCCGGUUGCGGUAAAAAAGUUCGCCUCUCGGAGCGGAGGCGCGCCUCCGAGGAGCGCGCGCCUCCGAGGAGCGCGCGCCCGGGCGCGCAGGGCGGCCGGGGGGGCAGGCCUCCCGCACGGAGGGCGGGCUGCUGGCGUCGGGGCGAAGACGAGGAGGAAGCAGGCACAGCAGGCACAGCGGGUGAGAGCUCCUGCCGCAAGAGACUGCUCUGAGAAUGGGCAGAGCCCCCUUUGGCAAGACACCCGUCAGCGACAACGACUCGGGGCCAGGACCCUGCGGGCGCGGGCCCGCAAAAACGCUGCGGCCGCACCGCCCUCUCGAGAACUGGGAAGAAAAGGCGACUCGCGGAUCGAAUCCGCAAGGCGGGCGCCCGUCCUGCUCAAUCAGCCCUCUGGCACAACGUGGUGUUGCUGCCGCGUGGGCCCCAAGUCAUGAUGUGUGUGGAGCUGGA